AUGAGAUUGAAUUGUAAGAAGCCAGGUGAUAAACGUCUUCUGUCAACAUGGCGCCUAGAAUGUGGAUUGGGUAUCAUAAUUGACUCGGAUUGUCCUAUCGACGGUGCCUGGUCACCUUGGACGCCUUGGUCGACAUGUCACGGCGCUUGCGAUACUGUUGGUCAUCGAAAAAGACUUAGAAAAUGUAAUAAUCCCCCGCCAUCAAAAGAAGGCCUUUCUUGCAACGGCUUAGAUGAACAAAUUGAAUCUUGUUAUCUAAAAAAUUGUACGGUGGAUGAUUAUCGCAAAAUCGUGAAAGGAAAUAUAGCGCGAGCUGAAGCUUUACAUCAACUAGAAGUAAUUCCGGCGUUUAUGGAACGUUGUCUUCAAAUGGAAUGUCCUUACGAAGCCGUGGAAGCUGCACUCACUGCAGAAAAUACAUGGCAGCUUAAUUCUGAAGCAUUGUGGAAUGCCCUCCAGUGUGUAAAACAUGAUAUAGGUUGUUCUGUUAAUGGCGAAUGGGGCGAAUGGAUGUCAUGGUCGGCUUGUGGAGCACAAUGCGGAAAAGGAUUUAUGUGGAGAAUUCGGCGAUGCGAUACACCUCCUCCUUCAGUAUCUCAUUUAGUUUGCCUCGGCACACCCUUGCAAAAUAAAGAAUGUGAAGGCGAUCAAUGCGCCAUUGACGAACAACGUUCUGAGCUCAGUGUUAGUGGAACUUGGAGUGAAUGGGGUGAAUGGACAAAAUGCUCGGAAAAAUGUGGCACUGGAUUUCGACGUAGGAAGAGAGCGUGCAUUGAGAAAAACAUUUCAGUAGCUGACAUUGCUUGGACAACUCAUUGCCGUGGCCAAUAUGAAGAGGUGGAAUCUUGUAAUGUAAAAAAAUGUUUACUCAACGGUGGAUGGUCCGGCUGGGGUGCUUGGGGUCCAUGUUCACAGACUUGUGGAGCUGGUCGACGAUCUAGAACAAGAUCAUGCACAAGACCGAUACCAUCAGGCGGUGGAACGAAUUGCGUUGGACCGAAAUUUGAUGUUGGAUCUUGUCACUUAACUCCAUGUGAAGUUUAUAGGCACAUCAUUUGCGUAUUUAAUGGUGAUUCGGUUUUGCAGUACGAUUUUCCAAAGAAACGUUCCACAUUUUUUCAUUUUUAUAUCCGCUUUAUGCCAUUGUCUCCUCAUGGGACACUUAUACGCCGAGGAACAAUUCAUAAUCCCCGCGUACGUGUCAGCUUACAUAAAUGGCACAUUUGCUUUGAUGCACACGGAUCUUCAAAAACUUGCAGCCUUCCACGUUCAUGUUCACCUUCAGCACUUGAACCUUCAGUAUGGCAUUCAAUUAUGUUAACAGUCAGUAAUGAAGCAGUAACCAUUAGAGUAAAUGAUGCACAAAAUCCAAUUCACAGUGUCUUUCCUUGUGAUCCAGAAUUAACAAAUGAUAAAAUAAAUGUUUUUAUUGGUGAGAAAUUACAUGGAGAGAUUCAGGAAGCUAUGGUAAAUUUUAGGCCAGUAAGUUUAUUUAUUGAACGUGAACGUCAACCAAGUAAAACGGCCUUAUUUCCAACAUCAGCAUCGAAUAUAGCUUACGAAAGUGCCAACAUCGAAGAAGCGUAUAUAUAUCUUGAGAAUGAACAAUAUUUACGAUUACCAUGUUUUAAACUACAAGAUGAUUGGCAGUUGGAACUUACCAUUAAAUCAAAAAGUGAUAGCGGUAUGAUUCUUUUUUUUAAAGACUACCGAAAUAAUAGUUGGUUUUACAUGAUGUUACAAAAUAUGCGAUUAUUACUUAAAUUUGCGUCUGUUGAAUUUAAAUCAGAAGCAAUAAGUUCUACUGAAUGUUUACCCGACCAGUGGCUUGAUAUAAAACUAACUAAACGAAAUGAAACUAACACAAUUGAAGUUUCGAUUAACACUGGUGAGCGACUUCAUGUACUACUGGCGGACGAUAAAUUUAGAAAACGUAGAUUGUCCAAACAGAAAUAUUCAAAUUUGACUCAUCAUUCUUCAACCAAUGCUAACCGAUCCGAACCGAGUUGUGGACCUUAUGCUAAUAAAACGAUGGCGAAUGUUUUAUGUUCUAAUGAAUAUUUCAUUGGAGGAAUACCCUUACCGUUGAGAAAUAAGCUAUCCGAAGACAUCACUUCAUUUUUUGGUAUAAUAGCUUCUUUAAAAAUUAAUAAUGACUUAGUAGAUUUGCGUAGCAUGAGUAUAGAAAGAUAUAAAAACGGAAUCAUUCAGCUUUCUUCACGAACAGCUAGUAUAUCAGGAUCUUAUCACGAGACUCAUUGGGGUGAGACUAAAAAAUUGAAUUUAAUAUGUGUGUACGCUCGACAUAGUAGAUCACCUUACCAUGCUUACUGGCUUUACUUAGACACUGGUAUAGAUAAUAAGAAUAUUAGUUCAAUGGACGACGGUAGAGUUUUAAGGCUCAUUAUAUCUGCUGAUAACCAUUCAGGAUUUUACACUUGUCGAGGUAACGACAACGAACACACGAAAAAUUUUGUGACUUACGGUGUUCUUGCAAAAAGUCAGUUUAAGCUUAUGGGUCCUGAAACGUUAACUGUUGUAGCACUCUUCACAACUGCUUCACUUGUAAUAUUUACUUUAGGAUGGCUUAUAAUAGAAGGAUAUCACGAUGUUCGCGAUGGAUACGGAUUUUUUCGUGACGAUCAACUUUUAAUGGAAGAGCAAACUGAGAUUGAUUGUAACCCAUAUGUACAAGUUUGUGGUACCGAAAAUAUUUUAGCCAAAAGUAAUACUAGGCGAAGAAAUAGACAAUUACGCAAUAAAGCACUGCUGGACUCGAGACAAAAAAUUAAAUGUCAUGAAGAACGAACAAACGAAUAUAGUCUGAGUGAGCCAGAGGAGCUACCAGCAUUGCCCGAAGUCAGAAGCUGCGCCAUAAAACCAGCCUGCGAAAUUUACAGAUCAGAACAAAUUUGCUCACCGCUACAAAGUUCCAAUAUAACGUCGCAUAAAACAGAACUUCCUCCAUCAUCCACAAAUGUAUCUUCCAGAACAUGUUACUCCCGUUUACUCUUUACUAAUUCAAAAAAUCCUACCAAAGGAAAUUCGAAAAGGAAAUCUAAUUGUAGUUCUAAUUUAGAAAUGGAAUGCAGACUAAAAUUAGUAACUAUACAAUCUUCAUCUUUUAUAAAUAACUCUUCUGUGCAGAAAGUAUUGAAGAAAUUUAAAGAUUUAAAAACUGUAGAUUCUUGA